ACCAUGAGAGAGCAGGGCCACCUUCAGCAGGGCCACCUCAUCUCGAGGACACUGGUCAGGCAGAGAGGUCCCAGUGGAUAUUAAAUUCACCUAGCCCGCCACCUCUCUGGAUUAAGCUGUUCAAUCUAAAGGAGGCCGUCUUGCUUCGUGGAAACAGCCUCUUUUCUUCAUCCAAGAACAAAGUUUUCCGCAGACAAGUUGCUUCCUUCUUUCUGAACUUAUUCCCAAUCCUUGGUUGGUUAAGAGACUAUAAAGCCUCUAAGUUCAAAGAUGAUCUGCUAGCUGGUUUAACUCUUGCCAGCCUCAGCAUACCUCAGAGCAUAGGAUAUGCUACUUUGGCAAGACUUGAUCCCCAAUAUGGCCUGUAUACAAGUGUAGUUCCUCCUCUUAUCUAUGCUGUCAUGGGGAGUUCAAGAGAAAUUGCAAUUGGGCCAGUGGCCGUAGUAUCAUUGCUGCUAUCUUCCCUGCUCUCGCAAGUGCAAGAUCCCGUUGCCAACCCCGAUGCCUACAGAAACCUUGCCUUCACAGUGACCUUCUUUGCCGGAAUGUUUCAAGCAACAUUUGGAAUUUUUAGGUUGGGAUUUCUUGUGGAUUUUCUUUCCCAUGCCGCGUUGGUUGGAUUCAUGGCAGGUGCGGCGAUCAUGAUUGGUCUUCAGCAACUCAAGGGGUUGCUGGGGAUCACACACUUCACCAACAAAACUGAUGCAGUAUCUGUUUUGGAGUCCGUUUAUAAGUCACUUCAUCAACAGAUCACCUCAGGUUCUGCAGAUAAAUGGCACCCUUGGAAUUUUGUCGUGGGAUGCUCGUUCAUGGUUUUCCUUCUCAUUAGCCGGCUUGUUGGAAGAAGAAGCAAAAAGUUUUUCUGGUUGCCGGCUAUUUCUCCUCUUCUAUCGGUUAUACUAUCAACUUUGAUUGUAUAUUUGACAAGAGCCGAUAAGCACGGGGUUAAUAUAAUAAAGCGCGUCAAAGGAGGCCUGAAUCCAAGUUCAGCUCACCUUUUACAAUUUCAGGGCCAACAAGUUGGACAGACAGCUAAAAUUGGCUUGAUUUCCGCCGUCAUUGCUCUCACUGAAUCUAUAGCUGUCGGCCGAUCUUUCGCUUCCAUUAAAGGUUACAAUCUUGAUGGCAACAAAGAAAUGCUAGCAAUGGGGUUCACGAACAUCGCAGGCUCUUUAACUUCAUGCUAUGUGGCAACUGGAUCUUUCUCAAGGACUGCAGUGAAUUUCAGUGCAGGAUGUCAAACGGCCAUAUCAAACAUUGUGAUGGCAGUCACCGUGCUCGUGUCUCUAGAAUUGCUUACGAGGCUCUUGUACUACACUCCAGUGGCUAUACUUGCUUCCAUCAUCAUUUCGGCCCUUCCCGGACUUAUUGACAUAAACGAAGUUUAUCACAUAUGGAAGGUUGACAAAUUCGACUUUCUUGCCUGCAUAGGUGCUUUCCUCGGCGUCUUGUUUAAAUCAGUAGAGACUGGGCUUCUUGUUGCCGUAAUCAUCUCGUUUGCAAAGAUACUGAUACAAUCAAUUCGACCUGGAAUAGAAGUUCUGGGCAGAGUUCCAAGGACAGAAGCAUUUUGUGAUGUUAGUCAAUAUCCCAUGGCCAUAAGCACUCCUGGCAUCUCUGUUAUUCGCAUAAGCUCUGGCUCACUUUGCUUCGCAAAUGCAAACUUCGUCGGAGAAAGAAUACUGAAAUGGGUCACAGAAGAAGAUAAGACUCAACAAGCAAGGGUGCGCGCAGUGAUCCUGGACAUGACGAACCUGAUGAACGUGGAUACUUCUGGAAUUUUGGCAAUGGAGGAGCUGCACAGGAGGUUGCAAUCCCGUGGCGUGGAGCUAGUUAUGGUGAACCCAAGGUGGCAAGUCAUUCACAAGCUGAAAGUGGCGCAAUUUGUGGAGAAGAUCGGAGAAGAAAGGGUUUUCCUUACAGUGGGUGAAGCUGUUGACGCGUGUGGGUCUACUAAAUUUUUGGCCCCUUGAGCGCGGGCGUUAACAUCAGUGACGGUCUGUUAUCUGUAUCCAUAAUUCAUGAAUAUGCUCUGCUUCAUGGGGUCCAUCAGCCUCCGUGUAGAUCCAAAAUUAAAUUUGGGCCUUAAAAAUGAAUGCCUCGAUUCAAUUAGGCUUUCGACAAUAUUUAGUUAUGACAAUGAGUUCAUUUCAUCUUUAAA